UCGGGGGACGUGCCUUCCAACGAACCUCUAAAUACUCGGGAACCAAGCGCUUUGCGCGUGUCCUGCCUGCUUCCUAUUUCUCGCCUCACUUCAUCUUCGGCAUCAUCCGCCAAUCUCAAUGGCCCUGUUGUUGACUUGUGUGGAAGAAAGGCGGAUACUAGAACCAAAAGAACGUUUUCAUCUCUUGAUACUUCGUUGGAUUGAUUCUAGUAGGUGCUGGUAUAUGUUGACAGUCUUUCAAUAGCAGGCAUUGUAUUGGCAGAAUAGGGGAAAGCGCCGCCAUGACGUCGCUGACUGAAUCUACCAACACAAUUUUCGCAUCCAACACGACGGCUCCUUCUGUUGCAGCACCAACAACAUGUGCAGCUCAAGCAGCUGCUGCACAUGUCAGACAUGGUUCUUCCUAUGGUGUUGGACCACAACAACCUCAGCCACAGCAACCACCUGGCGCCGCAGAAGAUUGGGGUGAUAUACAUGUACCACAAGUGGUCGAUGCAAGACCAAUCUUGCCCUUGGCAGCCUUUUAUAUGGGAGAUUUGAGGGACGGGCUUCCAAUGUUGAACAUGCAAGCAGCGUUCUUAAUAUCUGCCAAAGGAUUCAACGAAAAACAAGUUGGAAUCCUUUUCUUUUGCUUUGGAAUCUCCCAAUUCUUAUGCAUGGCGCCGGCUGGAUACUUUCUCGAUUACUCCAAUCGAAAGAUUGAUUGGGUACUGUGUGCGGGAGCAGCAGCCUCGGCACUCACGGUCUUGACAGCCGUGACAGCCGAAGAUGACGGCAAUAACAUGGCAUUGAUGAUACUGUGGAAGGUUCUGCAGGGAGGUGUCACGGCAAUCUUGCCACCAGGGUUCAAUGGUAUCACUCUGGGGAUUGUGGGUUCCACUGGUUUCACUCAUCAGGUAUCACGGAAUCGAAUGAUGAAUCAUAUCGGGACAGCUCUCAUUGUGGCGUUUGGGUCCCUUCUGGCAUACUUUUUAUAUCCAAACAUUGGAGCCUUGUUCCUUGUUAGUCCAUUGGCAUCCAUCGGGAUGGCGUACAAUCUUCGGCGGAUCAAACCUAAGCAUGUAGAUAGGGAUGCUGCUAGAGGUCUCAUCAUUGAAUCACCCACCAUGAACGAAUACGAACAGUAUGAUGACGAAGAGGAAGCAGCAGCCAUUGAAGCGGCAGCGCUAAGUUGGCAAAUGAUGGAAGAUGAUCCAAACUGUGAUCCAGCCAAACAAGAAAGCCAAAAGGCAGAAAUCAUCAAUCAACUUUCAUAUACACCCAACAAUGUUGACCCAUCGUGUCCAUACAGUGGCCUCGCUUCCCCUUGUGGCGGUGUCCCUGUAUUCGAGAACGGGAUGGUACCCAUGGCUCAACCGUCUCCAACCAUGUCGGCAACGUCAUCAUCCUACAUGCCACCAAACCUUCAGAAUGGAAGCAACUUGGAUUCCUCGCAACACCGAAACGUUGUCUUGCUCACAACGCCCAUUCAGGAGCACGAAGCAGAUGGGUUCCAAUUCGUUUCAGCGCCGACGACGGCGCCAACCAACACAACAGAGAUUAGACAACGUUCCAAUCCAACACCGCAGCAGGCGUUACCAUUCAGACCGCCCAUGGCGCCAGGACCGGCAACAACCAGUACAAAUACUGUCGAAUCAGUUGUGAGACGGCACGUUAGACACCCCAGCGGCACCACGCAUGAAUCGUUGCCAAGCUUCAACAUGGGGUAUGGUGGAAACCGACAAAACUCGACCACUGCUUCCCAAUCAAUGUUGCCAGUAGAUCCGAAUACGGGCCUGCAACCCAAUUCAAACUGCAGUGACGACGAUCGGCCUCGCAAGGCAAGGACUCCACUGGCUGUGCUGAUGGAUCCAACACUGAUGAUCUUUACGGCGGUCAUCUUCUUCUUCCAUCUUGCCAACUCGUCUGUUUUGCCACUGGUCAUGCAAAGUUUGGCUCUGGAAGAUCCCCAAGCUGGAAUCUUGCUGUCCGGUCUUUGCAUCCUCAUUGCCCAAGCUUUUAUGAGCUACUUUGCCAAAAUCUGUGGUGACUAUUCGCCCAUUUGGGGACGCAAGAACUUGGUUUUGGUGGGUUUGGCCUCCCUUACGUUACGAUGCUUCCUCUUGGCGGGUCUAGUGUCGGCAGAAAUAGCAGUAGAGGACGAAGAAGGGUCCAACAUGCUCAAGGUUCUGAUCCUUUCCACCCAAUUCCUCGAUGCUGUGGGCGCAGGUAUUCUGGGUUGUCUGCAUAUCCUUGUCACAAACGAUAUCUCUGGAGGAACAGGUCGUUUCUCGCUGAUGCUCGGUGUGACGACAGGUGCGAUGUGUCUAGGAGGCACAGUUUCAGGAUAUAUUGGUCAGGCGAUUGCACAAGACUAUGGCUACCCUUUUGCAUUUACUGCUUUGGGUAUCAUGUCGCUGGUUCCCCUUUGCCUCUACAGCCUGUUCAUGCCCGAAACGCUGCCAGACUAUGCUCGUCCCAGCCAGCAGACGUUCAAGAAAAGGCGGAAACGCCUUGCAGCUCUUUUCAAACGACUGUCGGAAAGUCGGCGGCGACUCGUCGCCAAAGCCAACCCGUUUCGAAAGAGUCAAAAUGAUCUUGUACAUGACACCAAGGCGCAACCGCUCAAUGAGAACGACGGUCUUGUGUCGGCCCAGAUGCUACCCGUCGAAACGGAACCCAAAGCCCUAUCAAGCGAUGUGGAACUUGUGUAGCUAGAGAGAGACUCUCCAUGUUUGACCGCCCUCUAAGUGAUCACAAUAUCAUGGCGGUGCGGACGAACUGCGAAACAAACCUUGCUAAGAAAAAGAGAUAAAGCUUGCAUGUUUUCUGUUAAUAGACAAUCAAAUCACCAUACCCAUGCAUACCGCCACCUUUAGUUUUUCAAUACAAACAGACCCCGAAGUUCCGGGGGAUUGACUAGGCCUGUUUUUCGUUCUCGUGCUUGCUUGCAAGUGCGAAUGAAUCGAAUCGAAUC